AUGUCAUACAACUUUCGAAGGCUUAAUAAAACUAAGGCAGCACAGUCCGUGCUACAAACAGGAGAAUUAUUGCACUUGAUUUUUUCAGACUUUGAACAUCAAGAUGAUUUAUUUGCUUGUCUUUUGAUUAAUUCAAUAUGGUCGAUGACAAUCGUAAGAAUUUUAUGGAAAGAACCGGAAUGGAAAUCUUAUGAAUCAUACAAAAGUUGGUUGAAAACUCUGAAAUCAACAAAUAAUAUGUUUGAUUAUGGAAAAAUGAUUCAAAGGUUAAAAUUUUGUCCUCAUGCUCGAUGCGGGAGAGACAAAUACAACGUUCUCGAACUCAAAUAUAUUGCUAGUCAUUGUACUAACGUCAAACAUAUUGAGUUUUAUUGCCUUCAUGGUACUUUUGAACCUGGAAACGUAGCGAUGUUCUUAAGAGUCUUGCCGGAAUUGGUUACUUUUAAAACUGAAGCAUCUUGGCAACCUGCUUUAGAUACGACUUUAAAACCGAUCGCUGAAGGAUUUUGUCCCAAGUUAACAUCUUUAGAGAUUCCAGGAAAUGGUGAUACUGAGAGAUGUGAUUGGAUUCUUCAACGAAUUGGCGAGUGUUGUCCAAGGAUCAAUAGGCUCAAGACUCGUUGGGAAAUUAGAGGAUCGAAGAUGGCACAAAUUAUUGUCAAUUCAUUUCCUAAUGUUGAAGAACUAACUUGUCGUAGUGUUAAUUAUGAAGGGUUGAGGAUUUUAUUGUCCGGAUGUCGAAAGUUACGAUAUUUUGAUUUCACAUUCGCGAUGGAAUUGAAUGAUGAUAUGGCAGUUUCUAUUGCGCACAUAUUUCCUCAGUUGGAGACUUUUAAUUUGAGAAUUUUUGGAAAAAAUAACUUUCCACAUUUCAUGUCAUCAUGGUCUCAGAAUCAGACAAAGCUUCGUGAAUUACAUCUAUCAUUUGGAGAAGGACUUAGUGAUGAAAGUUUUAUUCCAAUCACUCAAAAUUGUACAAGUUUGGAGGCCAUUACUUUAUGGUGGUGUAGCGGAUUUACUGAUGCAGCUUUUGAAGCACUUGCUCGUAAUAGGAAUGUCGGAUUAAAGAAAUUGCAAUUUUAUCAUGUCAAAGAUUUGACAGACGAUGGACUUACAGCGAUCGCCGAUCAUUGCCCAAGGUUACAAGAAUUACAUUUGGUGCAUUGUGAAAGUCUAACGCAACAUUCUUUAGUUAAGAUUGCUAGGGAUUGUAAAAAUUUGGUGACGGUUAAGACCGAAUUUUGCAGCAGGAGAUAUAAUUGGCAGAUGACAGCAGCUUUUCUUUUCACCUUGGCUAAUCGUAAUAGGGGAACCCUUGAAGUUUUAAAAUUCCAUGAUAGAAAUACUUGCAUAACAGAGACGGAAUCAUAUGAUAAGUAUAGAUUCGACAGUUAUUUAUUCGAAAGGUUGGCAAAGAGAUGCCCAAAAUUAAAAAUUCUCGAGCUUCAUACUUAUCAUCAAGAAUCAAAUCCAAUGUCAUUAUUCCGUGCACUGUUAAAAUUCAAAAAUCUUGAAUUAUUAACCAUAUAUCCGGGGGAAGAUGCACGACGACAGCAUUUAGAGAAAUUACAAACGCAUCGUCGACUUAAAGAUGUCGUGUUUUAUUUCGGAAAUACAGAAGAUAUGAAAAUAUAUUAUCAAGAUAUUAGUAAAAAAAAUAGAGGAUGUAUAGCAGCGGAAUUUUGGCCUGGAAAUUUCAUCACGUUGGGUUCAGA